ACAGGCAGAAAAAAUCAGGAAUUUCCAGUGAUAAAAAGGAAAAGAGGGAAAGCAAAAACCUGAAGGGCAGAAAGAAGCAGAGUAGGAGGAAGAGAACGGAUUCAAUACACAGCACAAAAGCUGCUCCUUCUGGCCACUGGACUGGUGAGGAUGAACUGAAAAGUAAAAGGACAAGAAGAUUCCAAGCAGAUUGAAACACCAAGAGGCCACAGAACCACCUUACCGGGAUGCAUAACUCAGACGUGAUCUGCUUUGUUGUAGGGAGUUUCUUAUGGCUCCCCCAUGUGAGAGGUGAGGAAGGCUGCCUUAACACUGAACUCUGUUCAGGUACAGAAUGGGAUCGUCUGUGGUAUAUCUGGCUGGUGCUGGUGGUCGGGGGGCUCCUGCUGCUAUGUGGCCUGGUCUCUGUCUGCAUGAGAUGCUGCUUCCAGUGCCAUCAGGCAGGGGAUGAGGCGGGCCCCCAGCCCUACGAGGUCACCGUCAUUGCCUUUGACCAUGACAGCACCCUGCAGAGCACCAUCACUUCUCUCCACUCGGUGUUUGGGCCUGCUGCCAGAAGGAUAUUAGCCGUGGCACACUCCCACAACGCUGCCCAGGGCACCCCUCCCCUCUCUGCACCUGACACCCCCCCAGUGUACGAAGAAGCUCUGCACAUGAGCAGGUUCACCGUGGCCAAGGCGGGGCAGAAGGUGCCGGACCUGGACCCGGUGCCGGAGGAAAAGCCGCAGGCACCCGCCGAGGGCAAGGACACCCAGCCAGCCCUCCCAGGACGCUGAUGGGUGUCUGAUAGCAAAAAAUACAGGAUAGUUGCAUGCAGAGACUAAUUAUGUGGGCAGGCCUUUAAGAAUUUCAGAUUAACUUCCUUAGUCAAUUGAGGUGGGGGGGGUGUGGGCAGGGGAAGCAACUAAAAUUCCAAAUAUUUUCAGAUCUAUCAUCGUCUAAUGCCUCUUUUUGACACCUCCUUCAGAUAAUUCUCCAAGCCCAUUCAUUACAUGCACACAAUACAAGAAUCACACUUUGCACAAAUAAGCAGGCA